GUUAAAAACUCCGCUUUAAAACUUAAAAACUUAAGAUUUUACCCUUCUAGAUGACCAAAAUGUUUCUAUGUAGAAACUCUCUUUUGAAUACUUUGGGAGGAAGUUUCGUACACCACUGUACUGGGAUGCAGAAGGAGUUCGACAGCUAGAGGGUCCAGAGAUGGUACAAAAGGCAGUAGAGAAGGUGGAUACAAUUCGCCAGAACUUGAAGGUGGCUUAGGACCGAUAGAAGACUAAUGCUGAAAGGUUAGGAAACCCACACAAUCAUGAAGUGGAUGAUAUGGUGUUUCUGAGGGUAUCUUCUUGGAGGGGAGUGAUGAGAUUUGGAAAGAAGGGAAAGCAUGUUCUGAGGUAUAUCAGGCCAUACGAGGUGCUGGAGUGCAUGGGACCCAUAUCCUAUCAAAUGGCCUUACCUCCUAGCCGUUCUAGGAUUCACGACAUUUUCCAUGUCAGCAUGCUAAGGGCGUAUUGGUCCAACCCGGAGCAUGUGAUCAGGCAUGAUGACAUCCAGUUGGAGGAGGAUAGGUAGGAAAAGGAGUUGAGGAGGAAGAAGAUUGGCAUGGUAAAGGUGGUAUGGAGGAACCAGGGUAGCGAGGCUACUACUUGGGAGACAGAGAGUAGCAUGAGAGAGAAGUAACUAGAGUUGUUUAAUGGUGUUUAGAUCAGUAGUUGGUGAAUUUCUAUGUACUUUCAUAUUUAGUUCUCAUUUCUCGGUAUUUCAAUAAUAAGACCUCGUGGUUGAGCCCGCUUCCACACAACUGACAACCCAUUUCAAUCUACAAUUUCGAGGUCGAAAUUUCUUAAGGGGGAGGGAAAUAUCAUAUCCCAACUAGCGUCAUCCCUUAAAAAACAACGUUACGUCAAACAAGCGAUUGUAAUACAGUUCAAAUUCCAGGGACGAAAUUUUAUUUAAUAGUGGAGGAAAGGUAACACCGCUGUAUUUUAGAUUUCGCUUCGACCAUAAUAAAUGAUCGAAUGGAUUGACGGUGACGUACGAAAGGUUGCAACCACAGAUUAGAAAUAAUAAUAAUAAUAAUAAUAAUAAUAAUAACUAUUAUUAUUAUAGUAUUAUAUACAAAAUUAAUGAGACAAGGGUCCAGCGGCCUUAUAUAUAUAUGCUUAGCUAUUCCCCAGCCUCCAUCGCAGCAGAAAUAAACCACCCAUUCUCCGUACACUCUCCCCACCACAAUCAACCCUAGACCUCAAAUAACCCCCACCCCAACCCACUCUUCGCGUCACAAGCAACAUCGGGCUCUCUCUUUUCUCCUGCAAGGCAGCACAAGGAGGAAGAAGAAGUGAGAGGGCGCUCUCCCUUCCCGCAAUUGCAGCGACCUGCCUCCACGCAAACCGCCUGCAACGGGAAGUAACGGAGGCUCGACACAACCAUCAUCGCCUACUCUUGACGUUGCGGUGGUAAGACUCCCGAGACUCCUUUGUCUCCUAAGGUCGUUUUCAAGCUUCGACUAGCCAACUAAUCCAACGAACACGCGUGGUGAUCGUAGCUCCGUCAACGACUCCGGCGUAGUCGAAUUCAACCAAACUCCAAAACCUUCACAACAUCGCGUAGAGAACAAUCUCAGAAGCAUCCCGGUCUUGACAGAAUCGAAUUCCGACUUCAGACAAGGGAGAUAACUAGCAACUCUGAAAGUGGGGGACGACAAUAUGAUUGUUUAGGUACAAAUUUCGUAAAUUCGAAAAGUAUAAGUAUGAUACCAAUAGUUCUGUUUUAGUCUGCGAGCAAAUAUCCAGACUGGUCCCCCAUGUUCCCGGUGCUAGCAGCUUAGUCCCCUGCUUUUUAAAAUUUUACAAUUGGUCAAAAAUAUUAUUUUCUCAAGAUUAUUAUUGUUUUUAUUGUUGUACAGUAUGUAUUUUUGUGUUAUAAUAAUUCUAUAAAUAGGAGAAAAUCAAUAGGAGGUUUUGAUAUUAAUUUGGGAAUAUUUGGAGCUGUCUAAUUAUAAAAAUAGUUAGAAAGACAGGUUUAGUAAAACAAAAUAUUAUGUGAACGAUUUUGUCCCAUUUGAUAAUUUUAGUCGAAGACAUAUACUUCUGUGUUUAUCCAAAAAUUAUUUGUUAUAAAAUCAAGAAAAGGAGUUUUAAACG